AUGACAGAUCAAUCUUCCUCUUCCUCUUCAUCUUCCUCCGCUUCUUCAUCUUCUUCAUCAUCAUCGUCCUCUACAAUACCAGCGUCAUCUUCAUCUCCUGAAGCUGAACCGCAUUAUCCACUGUUACAUAAAUCACCGCGUAUCGAUCCUUCAUUACCUAUCAAUCCAUUAGAACCUCAAGGUUUUGUACAACCAUUAUCAUUGCGUGAACCGCCUGGACCAGAUAUUAUCCCGCCUAUUCGACCUACUUUGAACGAAUUCAGAUUAAAUGAAGGUGCAAGUGCUAGAUCAUCUAAAUUGAAAGCUUUAUGGAAAUCAUUACCUCAUUUACCUGAUGUUCCUUCUGAUUCAGAACAACCUUCUCCAACUAAAUCAAUGCAAUUACCAGGUCAAGAUACCUUGACUGCUUUGAGUCCAGAAAGAGCAGAUAGAUUAAGAAGGUUAUAUGAAGAAGAAUUAGUCAAGGCCUGCUCGGAUGAAAGACCAGAAGCUAGAUUAUGGGGUGGUGCAGAUGAUUUAGAACCUGAAGUAAAACAUGUAAAAGGUAAAGGCGUUGCUUGGCAAGAUUUCAGACGGUUCUUGUGGGAUAAAGAACGUGAAUUAUGGGAUAUUUUCCAAGAUAUAGAUAAAAACGGUGAUGGUAGAUUAGACGCAACCGAAUUACGAGCAGCUUUAUCUCGUUCAGGUGUAGAUAUAACACCUGCAACAGUAUCGGAUUUAGUUCAAUUCUUAGCUAGCAAUCCAGCUGAAAAUGGUACUUCUUCAUCGAGUUCAAGCUCAGGUUCAGGUUCAAAUUCAAACUCGAAUCAAAAAGUGAAAGGAGGAAUACUAGGUCCUGGACCAGGUGAUAUGUAUAUCACUUUUGCAGAAUUCAGAGAUUUCUUAAUCAUGUUACCUCGAAAAGCUACUCCCUUUGAAAUUUAUAAAUUCUACCAAGUGAAGAAACGAACUUCAGAUGGACGUGGAGCAGCUAGAGUAGAUAAAGAAGGCGAUAUAAGCGUUUCUUUCCCCAAAGCACCAAAUUCAUCUCAGCAAUCUACAGCAUCUGGAUUCUUCAAUCCUCCUUCACCGCAUCAUGAUGAAGAAUAUGCCGAUACACCGGAAGAAGAGACCGGAGAGGAAGAAGUGGUGGAAGAUAGGAAUGAAGCUUGGAGGUUCUUAUUGGCGGGUGGAAUAGCUGGUGCUGUAUCGAGAACGGUCACAGCUCCAUUCGAUCGACUGAAAAUAUAUCUUAUUACCACUCAGAAUCCUUCAUCGUUCAGUAAGGAAGUGCAGUCGAAUCAUCCAUUUCGGUCUGGUAUUAGGGCUGUGAACAACCUAUGGGGAGCUGUGAAUAGAAUAUAUAUAGAUGGUGGUGGAUUGAGAGCGUUCUGGGUUGGAAACGGGUUGAAUGUCACAAAGAUUUUCCCAGAAUCAGCUAUUAAAUUCGUUUCAUAUGAGCAAUCCAAGAAAUUCUUAGCAGUAUACUGGGAUAAAGUGACUGACCCAGCAGAUCUAUCAUCUUCAUCAAGAUUCAUUGCGGGUGGAAUAGGUGGUAUAACAUCGCAAUUCGCUAUCUAUGGUCUGGAAACAUUGAAGACUAGAAUACAGAGUGAGAUUGGACCUGCUCAAGGUUGGAGACAAGUCAGAGAAACUGCUAGGAUCAUGUGGAGAGCUGGCGGUAUAAGGAGUUAUUAUAGGGGAUUAACUCUCGGUUUGAUCGGAGUCUUCCCUUAUUCAGCCAUUGACAUGGGAACAUAUGAAACUCUGAAAAACGCAUAUUGUAGAUCAACGGGCAAAGAUGAACCUGAAGUAUUUGCAGUGUUGAGUUUCGGCGCUUUAUCAGGAAGUAUAGGAGCUGCUAGUGUAUAUCCGAUCAACUUACUUCGUACAAGAUUACAAGCAUCCGGAUCAUCAGGACAUCCUCAAAAGUACAAAGGAUUCGCUGAUGUCGCUCAACAGACUUUGAAGAAUGAAGGAUGGAGAGGAUUAUAUAAAGGUUUAUUACCUAGUAUAUUAAAAGUCGGUCCUGCAGUCGGUGUCAGUUGGAUAGUUUAUGAGGAUUGUAAGAGGCGAUUGGGCGUUUGA